AUGGCUUCCGGAUGGUCACAAAACUUAGGAAGUCCUUGCACUACUGUGCUCCUUAGCAUUUCUGAAACGGUGCCGCGACCACCAGACGCCAUCCUGAGACAAGCGUCGCUGAGACUACUCAGGGAGAGAAUCGCGACAACCAAAAAGGGCCUGGCCGAGACUUCCAAAAAACUUCUCGAUCUACAUCUAUCCCUCUCCUACAAACUAGAACCGGACCUGUGGCAAACCAUAGACCGGAUUACACACGAGCAAGCCACCCGCUCGGCAGAAUUAAGAACCAAAACACAAAAAGAAAAAUUUGCAAAAAUGAAACCACACACGCAAACAGCAGCUUCUCCCCUGACAGUAAAGAACCUUAGUAGCCAGACCCUUUCACCCGCCGAAACAGCCAUCCUUGCCAAAGGACACAACUUUGCAGUCAUCCCCUCCAGGAUCCCGACAGAAGAGAUCAUCAGCCAAAUAGAAACCGCCAUCUUCCAACUCCCACCUGAAGCAGGAAACAACAUCAGACAGCAGUCAGCCCAAAUCCUCCGAAAAGCCAAACUUCCCAUCCAAAACAUUAACAGGGAAGAACGACUAGCGCUUCGAAGCCUAAGACAGAAUGACGACAUCCUCAUUCUACCGGCGGACAAAGGCAACGCAACAGUGGUAAUGGACAAAAGAGACUACCACGACAAAGUCAACACCUUGCUGUCCGACGCCCAAGUCUACAAAAAACUAAAACGCGAUCCAACCACUAGCGUAGAGAAGAAAACCUCCUCCCUGAUCAAAAAGGCGAACCUCCCUUCGCUAACCACGAAAUACCUGACCCCCAGCGACAGCUCAGCACCCAGACUAUACGGCCUUCCGAAGAUUCACAAAGAAUCAGUCCCCCUACGGCCUAUCGACCUCCACUAA